AUGGCAGCCAGAGAGGCCAUGGCACGACAAACGGUAUCCGAUGCAGAGCAGAGCAGUGUGGAGUCCUCAGUCAUCAGCCUGCUCCAGGACGCAGAGAGUAAGUCUGAGACAAGUCAGGCCAUUUCCGCCCGAGAGCACUUUGUGUUCACCGACACAGACGGACAAGUUUACCACAUCACUGUCGAGGGAAACACUGUCAAAGAUGGAGCACGAAUACCUCCCGAUGGGAGUAUGGGGAGCAUCGCCUGCAUCGCAUGGAAAGGAGACACUCUGGUGCUCGGAGAUGUAGAUGGCAAUCUCAACUUCUGGGAUCUCAAAGCUCGUUUAUCCAGGGGAAUACCAACACACAGAGGAUGGGUGAAAAAGAUCCGUUUUGCUCCAGGGAAAGGCAACCAAAAGCUGCUGGUCAUGUACACCGACGGAGCAGAGGUCUGGGACACUAAAGAGGUCCAGAUGGUGAGCAGCAUGAGAAUAGGGCGGAACGUAAACUACCGGAUUCUGGACAUCGACUGGUGCACCUCAGAUAAAGUGGUUCUGGCCUCAGAUGACGGCUGUAUUCGGGUUUUGGAGAUGGCCAUGAAGUCAGCCAGUUAUCGAAUGGACGAGCAGGACCUGACUGAUCCCGUGUGGUGCCCGUACCUGCUGCUUCCUCGGGCUGCCCUCACUCUCAAAGCCUUCCUGCUCCUUCAGCCCUGGUCCGGCACCUUCACCAUGGACAUUACUCAAGUGGACUACAAUGAGAAAAACGAGAUAAAAGGACUCAUACAGGAGCAGCUGAACUCUCUAUCAAAUGACAUGAAGAGUGUGCUGCAGGACCCCGAGCUGAGCCUGUUGCAGCGCUGUCUCCUGGUGUCCCGACUGUUUGGCGAUGAGUCCGACCUGCACUUCUGGACUGUGGCGUCCCAUUACCUGCAGUCGUUUGCUCAGGCCCGGCAGCUCGGGUUGUCGUCAGGAGAAAACCAAACUGAAGAGGCUCAACCUUCCCCUCAGAUUCACCUGGAUAUCUGCAAUGAUGUCCUCUGCGAGAGCUCCUAUUUUCAGAAGUUCCAGCUGGAUCGAGUUCACCUGCAGGAAGUGAAGCGCUCCAGCUAUGAUCACACCAAGAAAUGUGCCGACCAGCUCCUCCUGCUGGGACAGACGGACAGGGCAGUGCAGUUGCUGCUGGAGACCAGUGCAGACAACCCAAGCUACUACUGUGAUUCCCUCAAAGCCUGUCUGGUCACGACCAUCACCUCCUCAGGGCCCUCCCAGUCCACCAUCAAACUAGUGGCCACCAAUAUGAUCGCAAAUGGCAAACUUGCAGAGGGGGUCCAGCUGCUGUGUUUGAUUGACAAGGCGGCAGAUGCGUGUCGGUACCUCCAGACCUACGGGGAGUGGAACCGCGCGGCUUGGCUGGCAAAGGUGCGCCUGAACCCGUGUGAGAGCUCGGACGUCCUGAAGCGCUGGGCAGAACACCUGUGCUCUCCGCAGGUCAAUCACAAGUCCAAGGCCAUCCUGGUGCUGCUGUCCCUCGGCUGCUUCGACAGAGUGGGGGAGAUGCUCCUCAGUAUGCGGCAGUUCGAUCGGGCAGCGCUCUUCAUCGAGGCCUGUCUGAAGUCAGACUGUUUUCUCCUUGACUUCGCUGCACAUAAGCUGAUCGAGGCGGCGUUUGUGGACUACGCCCGGCUGCUGCGCACACUGGGGCUGAGGGAGGGUGCGGCUCUGUGGGCGUCCCGGGCCGGUUCAGCAGGAGAAGCCCUGAUGGAGGAGCUGUUCCAAGGGGAGGGGGGAGCACCAGACAAUCUACUGGCCGACGACGAGGUGGAAAUGCCACGCCAACAGCUGGCUGCAGACCCCUUGCCAGCCCUCUGCUUUGAGCGCCUCACACUUAUUCAUUGGCCUGUGUCUGUUUGGUCCAAGAAGCAGAAGAAAACCUUUGCAGAGACAGAGGGCCACACAAAUGAGCGGAUUGUGUGCCUGAAAUGGUUUAAUGAAUGA